AUGAAGCGAUCUGUUUCUUCUUCUUCCAGCAGCAGCUCUGCAAAAGUGAACGAGACAAAGACGCAGGACAAGCGAGGAUGCAAGGACAAGGUGGUGCAGUUUAGCUACUGCAUCGAGCCGCUGGACGACUUGAUGGUGGCACAACUGACGGACUUCAGUGCCAUCCUGGACGCGCUGAAGGAGCAGAAUCUCGCCGGCCCCACAAUAAAAGAUAAACGCUGCAUUGAAUUUAUAAAUUUAGAGGGCUGCCGCGUCGACUGCUUCGGGUUACCAAACAUUGGGCAGAGCUGCUACAUGAACUCCAGCCUGCAGAGUCUCCUGAUCCUGGAGGACUUUAUGAGGGACAUCAGCCGCAUGGAGCGGGUCUGGAGAUCAGUCCCUGAGGCUCAACUGAUGAGAAGAUUGAUGGAGAUCAGGGACACUCACACCUCCACACACUCCCAAACUAAAGCCCCCAUCCUGCAUUCAUUUCUGGAAGCAGUCUCACUCCAGACUCCCGAGUUCAGGAACAUUCUGCAACAUGACGCUCAUGAGUUCCUGACCUCGGUGCUGGAGCAGAUGAGGAGUCUGGCCCCUCUGCUGCAGGAGGCCGCGGCGCGCAUGGGCCGACGUUACACCUGCCCUGUCGAGGACCACAUGGUGUUCAUGAUGGAGAACACCAGGACGUGCAAGAGCUGUGGGGCCCGGUCAACGAAACAGGAGGAGUUCACUAACCUGCCUCUGGACCUGGUUUCUGGAGUCACUGUGGACGACUUACUCCAGGAGUACCUGAAGUUAAGAUCCACCUGGUGUCGCAGGUGUAGCCCGUUAAUAGAUACUUUUGCGGCACAUCUGCUCCAAGAACGGUCGGCAUUCGGAAACAGAAUUAGAGUUCAGCUAGUGCUCAUCUUGCAGCUGAAGCGUUUUCGCUUCUCUCCGUUCCUCGAGCUCAAGAAGGCCGAUGACCCGGUCACGCUGCUGAGGGACCUGGUGGUGUCCUCUGCACAGGGCGGCAGUUGCUACAGUCUGAUCAGCACCAUCAGCCGUUUUGGCUGCACAGAAAGAGGACACUACAUUUGUGACGGCGUUCACCCCGACGACAGUCCAGAUGAUCCGAGCGACCGCUGGCUCAGCUUCAACGACUCUGUCGUCUUUGAGACGACCGGCUCUAUGGUCUGUGAGCACCAGCAGCAGGAAGCCUACAUCCUGUUCUACAAGAGACAUGUGUAGGACAAUGGGGGGAAGCAGGGAGCUAAAACGCUCCAGGAGCCACAUGACGGGAGCCAGGAUCAUUAUUAUCAUGAUGGAGCCCAAAGGAGCCACCGCGGGGAGAGGAAAGGUAAGUCUGUCAUUCUGUGUCAUCACUCUACAUAUGUGAGGAAGGUGGAUGUGGACGACGGAAGAAGCAGACGCCCCGUGGCCAGGAACAGCUGUAGGUCCCCCUACCCUGAGGCGGCUAACCCCCCCUCCCCGUCUCCGUCCCUGUCUCCCAGAGAGCCUGGUUUCCUCCCAAGGUUCCUCCUUCUCAGAGGGAGUUGUGCCUUGCCACCGUUGCCCCACACUUGCUGGACAGCAGGACGGACCCGACUCA